CUUCAUUACAUCUUUAAUACAAGAUUUCUCAAAGUUAGACACAGAAAUCAGUUUGCAGAUGAAGUAAUGGAGCACUACUGAAUUCUCAAGAAGAGGUGCAGCAAGUGUCAAAGUGACAUAAUGAGAAAACGCUUUAAAGACAGGAGCAUCAGAUUAUCACUUCUGAAUCGGUGGUGUGGACUGAUUUAUUAAGUGCAUCUAGUGACGAUGGCGUGGACGGUGUCUCUGAGUAACCUGGUGUUAGCAGUCUACGGAUUCACACUGAUCACAGGCCUUCCCGCCAACGUCUUGGCUUUCUACACCUUCUUGCAGAAGGUCCGCCAGCGCUCCACCCCGAUGGACGUGCUUUUACUCAGUUUAACCAUCUCUGACCUGAUCUUCCUCUUUUUCCUGCCGUUUCGCAUGGUGGAGGCGGCCAACAUGAAAUGGACGCUGCCUUACUUCCUCUGUCCGCUGUCGGGAUUCAUCUUCUACUCGGUCAUCGCCAACAGCGUCCUUCACCUGACGGCCAUCAGCGUGGAGCGCUACCUGGGUGUGGCUUUCCCCAUUAAAUACAAGCUUAAACGCAAUCCCAGAAGUGCCGUGAUAGCCAGCGUCAUAUUCUGGGUGGUUUCAAUGGCGCACUGCAGUAUCGUCUACAUCAUGCAAUACGACAACUAUUUCAACCCCAACAUCACUGAUCCAUCCAAACAUAACACCUGUUAUGAAGAAUUCACUGAUGAACAACUCAAGAUCCUCCUGCCUUUUCGACUGGAGCUUUCUGUUGUCUUCUUCUUCAUCCCUUUCCUCAUCUGCUGCUUCUGCUACAUCCAAUGCAUCCGCACACUUUCCCGACUAUCCAACGUCAACGCCAAGAAGCGGUAUAGAGCCAUCGGGAUGGCGUUGGGCACGCUUCUGGUCUUCGUUAUCUGUUUCUUGCCCUUCAACAUGUCACAAGUGGAGGGAUUCGUAAGGGGCUACAGCUCUGAAUGGAGACAACCUGCUUUACUCACCAGCACGUUGAAUGCAUGUCUCGACCCUUUCGUAUUCUACUUCUCUUCUUCCGCACUCAGAGAGACUUUCAGGAAGAUGUUGCAGGGGCUGGCGAGGCGUUUGCUCCUUCCUUGCUGCCGCUUGGCUCACUGCUGCCCUUUAUUCAACCGUGGGAAACCAGACGAGCGAACGCAGAGCUCUGAUGACAGCAUCCGCUAACAUUUCAAGCCAGUCUCUGCACCGAUUAAUCUGCCUGCCGUCAUCAAUGCAUAUCAUUCAGUCCAAAGCCAAUUAAUAUAAUUCUGAUGCACCACCAUGACCCAAUGCUUUAUGGACAGACAGAAGAAGAGCAGCAUAGAAAUGAUUCCAGAAUAAAAAUCAAGCAUGGUUGCAUGACAAUUUUACCUAAAUCUUUGCAGCAGCCGUUUCGUUUACAAUGAAAUGAAGAGCUUGAGUGAGCAAAUUACAGUGCAAAAAGCAAUUGUAUCUGAACUGUACAUCUAACAUUUGAACUAAAACGCAGCAUUCACUAACAGCAAUGCUAUAAAUAUAAUCAAACCAGCGACUUUGUAAAAUAAAUUUUCUUUGCUACUAGUAUUUUAAUAAAAGAAACUCAAACAAAUUAUGCAUCUACACUUUAUUCCUCCGUCCUGAACUACUCACCCAUUAUGCAUGAAUGCGGUUUAUUUUCUACACAGCACUUAAUAUGCUCUGCUUGUUUUUAACCUGCCAUCUUUUUAGAUAGACCAACACAAACCUGUUCCGGUGAUGUCACUUCCUUUUCCUGGUACAACUUUUGGUGGUACAGGAUGGUUUUUGAUGCAGGUGGGAGGAUGGUUGAACUGCAUGUGGUGCAGUUGCAUUUACUGCUCAAACGAUUGGCUCA